AUGGCGUAUGGAAACCAAACCGAGUUCCAUUUCCAUCCCUUCUCGACACUGCCUGAAAUACAGUUGACCAUUUUCCUGUUCUUUCUGUCCCUCUACAUACUCAGCCUCUGCGGGAAUGCAGCCGUGCUGCUUAUUGUCUAUGCUGACCACAUCCUCCAGAACCCCAUGUAUUUUUUCUUGGGCAACCUGGCUGCUCUGGAGAUCUGCUACUCUUCAACCAUAGCCCCACUGGCCCUGGCCCACCUUCGGUCCAGGACAAAGGCCACCAUCUCCUUAAGUGGGUGUGGCACCCAGAUGUUCUUCUUUGUCUUCCUGGGAGGGGCUGACUGUGUCCUGCUGGCUGUCAUGGCGUAUGACCGCUACGUGGCCAUAUGCCAUCCACUGCGCUACACAGUCAUCAUGAGCAAAGCUGUCUGCACAUGCCUUGUAGCCGCAUCCUGGCUGCUGGGAUUCCUGUUGUCCCUACAGCUGACCAUCCUGAUCUUCCACCUACCCUUCUGUGGCAGUAACGAAAUCAAUCACUUCUUCUGCGAUAUUCCAGCCAUCCUGAGGUUGGCUUGCAGUGACACCCAUAUCCACCAGGCUGCCCUCUUCAUCGUUAGCGUCAUCAUCCUGACCGUACCCUUCCUUCUGAUCUGUAUUUCCUAUGCCUUCAUCGUGGUGGCCAUUUUGAAAAUCCGCUCUGCUGAAGGACAGCAACGAGCCUUCUCCACUUGCUCUUCCCACCUGAUGGUUGUCCUCUUACAGUACGGCUGCUGCACUUUCAUCUACUUACGCCCCAGCUCCAGCUACUCACCAGAGGAAGGCCGAGUGGUGUCUGUGUUUUACACAUUCGUUACUCCGCUAUUGAACCCUCUGAUUUACAGCAUGAGAAACAAAGAGCUGAAGGAUGCAUUGAGCAGAGCCUUUAGGAGAAGAGUGCUUUCCCAGAAAAAAUGA